CUUUUUCAAUAUUGCAUCAGUCACAUCCCUUAGUUUUUCUUCCUUAAUGGCCACCUCUAAUUCCUAUUGACACUAGAUAUACAUCUCUUCCAGUUUACAUUGUGAAGGAAUUUUACUCUUCAAAUUUCUCUACUUCAAAAUUGUCUGCGAGGAUGAUGAAUAUUCUGUCAUUUUCUUCUUUAAAACUAAAAUUCAAAUGUAGAAUUCCAAUAGCCCUUUAGUAGGUAAAUAAGGCCGUCUUGACUCAGUUGUUCGCCACCCAUACCGCCCAACUUCACAUCUCCCAUCCAAACCCCAAAAUUUCUCAUUCUCGUGGAGGGACCCACCUGCAUUUCCAUUAUUCCUUGUUCCUAUUCUUCAACUUGAACUUCAUCCAUCCCUUCCAUUCAUCUUCCUCUUCCUCUUCCUCUUCCUCUUCUUUUAGCCAUGGAUGACUAUAACCGGUCAAAGUCUUACGGCCCCAACUCUAUGCAGUUGGACACCUACUACCCUCCUCCUCCCACCUCCAGACCGACCGCUUCCUAUGACCUCAGGAGCUACAGUGCCUCUUAUGCUCACACUCACAUGCCUAAUUUUGAUUUCGACAACAAUAACUCCAACGUUAGGGACUUCAAGUUAAAGAAACGGAAAAGUACUUUUGCCUCUUCUUCUUCACUUCCUUGGAGAUUUGCUGACCCUGAGUUUCAGCGGAAGAAGAGGGUUGCCAGCUAUAGAAUGUACAGUGUUGAAGGUAAGGUUAAAGGGUCUUUGAGGAAGAGCUUUAGGUGGCUUAAGGGUAGGUGCACUCAGGUUCUAUAUGGCUGGUGGUGAUUUUAUUCUACUGUUAUUUUUUUUUCUUAUUUUGUUAUUGUUGUUAUUCAUUUUAUUUUGUGCUUGUUCUUAUGUCGUGAUCUCUGUGUGACAAUAAGGAUUUUCCUGUCACAAAACAGGGGAAAAAAGAGAAGAAAAUUUUAUAUGUGGAUAGUUUGCUAUCAAUUCUUGAUGUGGUUUGGCCACUUAGGGUCAAUCUUUAAUGUAAAUUUUAUCUGGUUUUAAUUUAUUUGCCUAUUCUUCUGAAA